GAAGCAGCCGAGUUGUGUGGAGCAGACAAGAAAGGGAGGAAGAGGAGGAAAAAGCCAUCUUCUGCUGGCGUGCGGCUGGGUGUGUCUGCUCGCCUCCCCCCUCCCCGGUGGGGCUGCAUUUCUGGCAGGCAGUCCGACUGGGAGGGACCCGGCGUCAAAGCCACCCAGGAAAGGAGGCCUGAGCCGCUCAGUGCCAUUCCCAAGCCCGUGACCCUUCCUUCUCCUUCCACCUGCUCCGUGCUGCGGGCUCUCCGACCUCCCCGCCGCGGGUGCCGAGCCCGCUCCCCAUCACCACCACCGCAGCCCCACGGCAGCAUGGCCAGCACCGUCUCAGCCUACAAGGAGAAAAUGAAGGAGCUGUCUCUGCUCUCCCUCAUCUGCUCCUGCUUCCACACCCAGCCGCACCCUAACACCAUCUACCAGUAUGGAGAUAUGGAGGUGAAGCAGCUGGACAAGAGGGCAUCAGGUCAGAGCUUCGAGGUGAUCCUGAAGUCGCCUUCAGAUUUAUCUCCCGAGAGCCCCAUCCUUUCCUCCCCCCCCAAGAAGAAGGACCUGUCCCUGGAGGAGCUGCAGAGGAGGCUGGAGGCUGCAGAGGAGAGGAGGAAGACCCAGGAGGCGCAGGUGCUGAAGCAGCUGGCGGAGAAGCGGGAGCACGAGCGGGAGGUGCUGCACAAGGCGCUGGAGGAGAACAACAACUUCAGCCGCCUGGCCGAGGAGAAGCUCAACUACAAGAUGGAGCUGAGCAGGGAGAUCCGCGAGGCGCACCUCGCCGCCUUGAGGGAGCGGCUCCGCGAGAAGGAACUGCACGCAGCCGAAGUGCGCAGGAACAAGGAACAGCGGGAGGAGAUCUCUGGAUAAAGGGCUUUUCUACACACCUAGCACCUGAUUCCUGUUAACAAACCAACCAACCAACCAACACAUUUUAUUUUGUUUGUCUAGAUGCAGCGUUUGGUUCUCCAUCCCCCCCAUCCCCUGGUGUUCGUCCCCCAGCUACACGCUUCUCUAUCUCUGCAUCCUAAAUCGUUCGGUACUUGUGGGGGUUCACAGAUGAUAGGGACCUCUAAGCAGAAUAGCAACUAGCUCACACGAAAUAGAGAAUCAGUGGAUCAGUCGAUCAAUCAGCUUCUUCGGAGGGUUUGUCCUUUUUUUAAAAAAAAUAUUUCUUAAACUAAUGUAAAAACGAAGAUGUUAAUAAAUUCAACCAGCAGUGUCACGGAGAUACGGAUUUCUUAUCCGGGGCUUUUAGUACUCUCGGUGUUUGCUCUGAGCCAAAUCUCAGUUUCAGGAUAAUGGGAAGGAAGUGAUGAUUUCUGUGUGUGUAGUGGAGCAAUGAGUAGAGCCGUGUUUGCCAGCGGUAGGAGAGGUGUGGGAGAGGCAGGGACUGGCUGUGGCAGUGGGGGCGUGCAGCCCCCAGCUCUUGGCCAUUACCCGAGGCUGGUCCAGGCAGGCAGCAACCCAAAAAUCCUCAUCUUUGGGUUUUUCUUUGGUAGCCUGUGUGGAAACAGCUGAAGGGCUCUCCCAGAGCUCAGAACCAUAUCCCCACUGUCCCUGUCCCCAUGGGUGCUGGCUGAUGCCCCGGCAGAAGCCUUGGACAGGCAGCACGGGGGUGAAGGGGACGCGGGGUCUGCAGCUGCCCGGUGCUCCCGAGACCUCUCUCCGUAGGAACACAGCUCCAGCAGGGACAGGGCAGGGUGGUGAGAUGGCAGACAUGAUAACCACCCUUCCCUCUUCCCAGUGAUGCACCUGGCUCCUCGGUGCCGUUGUGGGAUGGAUGCUGAGGCCAGGGAGCACCGGGCACAGCCCCAGAGCAUGGCAGGGCAGGGACACACCACCCUCCUGCGUGGUCCUCUCCACCCGGCUGCCUCGGAUGAGGCAGAGCUGAGCAGGGAGCAGCUCUGCAGGAAGGGGGAAGAGAUGUUCCCAUGCUCGUUUCUUGUCUAUCUUUAGCUUUCCAAGGCCUAUUUUUAAGCCAACUCCGUCUCUCCGUGGAGGUAGAGAUGAGCAGGGAACAUGCAAGCGUGGCGUUAGCAGCUGACGGUAACGUCACCUGGCUAGGGGGCUGUCACAGCCUUCCUGAGCUGCAAUGGCACCGCUUACCAAGCACACUGCGGGGGCUGCCACCCGCAGCGCUGCCCACCCUGUGCCCGCUCUGCUUUUGGCUCGAAAAAACUGAAAAAGAGGCAACGUUGCAUCUGACGCCCUGCGGGAAUCGCCACCCGGUCGCUGUGGGGCCUCAUGCGAGCGGUCGGUCCUUGUGUGAGCACGGUUUCGGGGCAGGAUUUGGUGGAGGAGAUGGAUGGUGGAGGCUGCGUUUGUUUGGGGCAGAGGGCAGUGAGAACUCCCCUCUGAGCAGAGCUUACAAAUCGCUGUGGUGGUGCGCUUUGGAUAGAGCAGAGUGGUGGUUUUGGGGCACGGCACCGGUGGCAUCCCUCCCUUCUCCCCGGCUGCUGUCUCAGCACGAGGAAAGGGACAUGCGAGGGCUGGAGACAUCUAAUUCAGGGCCGUGGUGCCCUCUGCACGGCGUGUGGCCAACGUGUUGUGCUGGGGGGGGAGAUGGGAGAUGCCUGCGCUGGGUUUUGAGUCCUUGGGGAAGAUGCUGCAGGGAGCGGGCACAGGGGCUGGGGUGAGGGAUGGCAGCGGGUGAGGAUGGCCCACCAGGAGCUGCCUCACCUGCCUCUCCCCCCCUCUUGAAAACCACGGCUGAGUCUGCUCAGAAGCUGAUGUUUUCAGCCUACCCUGUGCUUUACUAGUGCAAAGAAUUCGUUAGGGCCUGAAGUAAGCAUCGGGCGGCCACAGAAACCCGACAGAAAGCCAAAGAGCAGCUGCUGGAAAUCAGAUCCCUGGGCUCUUUGCUGAUCCCCCAGAAGUCCUGGCCAGAUUCGGGAGCGACCCCUCCGUGGCCGCAGCACGUUUCGAUGUCCGGGGAAGGCUCUGCUCCUGGAAGGAAGGGCUGCCUCCUGCCCAGCCCCUCUGCCCGGGGUUAUCAACGAGCCCCGGCCCCGGCCAGUGACAAAACGUGAUUUUGGGCAGAGAGGGAAAAGGAGCGGAAACUGAGGGUUGAAUUUCUUAAUCAGUAGCUAACGAUCAGUUUAUAGUAGCAGCUGUCUUAGAUAAGCAUCUGUGUAGAGCGCGGCGUCACCGCCAGCAUCACCUCAUUCAUAUAGUGACAAGAAAUUUUAAAAAAGUUUAAAAAAAAAAAGAAUUUACAAAGUAAUUUAAACGAAAUGUUUGUGUGUAAGAAAUGGUUGAAGCUGUCUAAUGUCUGUGUCCCGCGCUGGCGGGAUCUGAGAAGGUAUCUGCAAGAUAUUAACCCCGUCCUGCUCUCUGUGGUGCUGAGUGUUUGCUUGGUGUGUAAUUCUGACCUGGAGCUUGUUGUAAAUACUGUUUUUAGUACUAUGAUUAUUAUUAUUCUCAGAAAUGUACUCAUGAGCAGGAGUCUAGAAGGAGAGAAACGACCCCUGUCCCUCUGUCAGCGGGGCGCACGAGCGGCUGGAGGUGGGGAGCAGGGGUGGGGGCAGCAGCCCGCAUCCAGCCCUGGAUGGGUGCUGCGGGUACCAGGAGGAGGAGGAGGACAGAGGGAUGGGAUGAAGGUGAUGCUUGGGAUGUGUGCUGUGUUUAGGUACGGUUAACGUAGCGUGAGGUCCUGCACGAGGGUGAGGCUUGGGGUACAAAAGCAGAGCCCGGUGCUGGGUCAGAGCCCCCCUCCCCACGGUGCCUGAGCCCCUGGCUCGGUCCCUGCCUGGUCUUGCAGCUCAGCCCUUCGUGCCUGCCCUCCUCCACGUAAGGCCAGCCUUGGCCUCGGGUGGAGGCUUAUUCUUGCAGGUUUUCCUGGCAGUCAGUCCCGCAGGGAGUGCAGAGAAUGACCUGGCAAGAGGGGAGCCCGGCAUGUGAGCCCUGGGAAACCCAUUUUUCUCGCCUCUGUUGGGUUGGUGCCGUGAGGUUCAGUGGAUGUGGCUGGCAGAUGUGUUGCUGCGGGGGGAAAUUCAAGCAGGGAUGUGUUGGGCUGAGCUCUGUGCUGGUGACAUCGGGGACUGGCACUGUCACCGCUGUGCAAUGUCAUAUAGGGCUGGAUGUGCUUGGUGACACGGAGGUGAACGCAUGAGGGACACAAGGGGACCCCGAGCCUCACCCCGUGCCAUGGGUACUAUCGGGGGAACGCCCGCAGUGAGCACGGGAUCUUCCUGCUCCUGGGGCUGCCGGUGGUUGUGUGCUGCAGCAUCCUUCCUGCCUCAGCUGCGACUAAUUAAGUGUCCUCAUUAACAGCCUCACAGCCUCGUCCCCUGUCUGUCUGGUUGUGACUUCCCCACCAUUCCCACACCCCGUGGUUGCAGUCCCCAGGGCGAUGGUGCUGGUGGCAGGGCCAGGUUCCUCCCUGCUUCCCGUGGCUGCUCCGUAGCCGAGCUCUGCAGAGGCAGACACGGGACUUUGUGCUCGGUAGGAGCCUUUCCUCGAGGCUCCUCGAGCUGACAGAGGACCCGUGGCUGUGUGAGGGAGGAAAAUGAGGUGGUGGCAAUUCCUUGGUGUGCAUGCACCUUGCACAGAGCUCUCCUGAAGAGCCUCUGAGUCAAGCAAGGCAGGAAAGCUGAAGCUAAAUUAGCUGCUGGGUGAUCAGUGGGUCUGUGCGAGAGCUGCAACAAGGGGCCUGAGAGCCCCAAUUCCAGCUCUGCACAGUUAUCCUUUGUGGCAAAGUGCUCAGCUCUGUCUGCACAUGGGGGCUUUCAAGGAUGCUCAGACUGCUUCUGGGCUGCGCCUUUCCCUUGUCUUAUCAAUCGUGAGCCAUGAACAUGCUGUAAGCGAAUGUGGGGUUACCUUUGAGUUAACUUUUAGGGACAGCGGCCGUUCACGCAGCCAUCCUGCACUGGGGGCAGCUGGUUUGCUGCCCCUCUUGCCAGGCAAACUUCAGCUCGCUUUAGCUUAGCCCAGCUGGCUCCCCAGCCCUGCGCCUGGCUGGCACGGCUCGUCUCACCCCGUUGGGCUGGGCACCCCACACCAAAACGCAGAGGUGGAGACCAUUUAUGCACAUCCACUCCUCCUACCACUUGAAACGAGUCAGGGAACGGCUGUUCAUGGUGCUAGAGACUUCUCACCACCCAUGCUCGGGAUGAGACGACGCAGUAAGGCCAGUAACCUCCACCGCCGCAGUCAGCUGUAGGGCAGAGGUGCCAAGUGCUCUGAGAAUGGGAAGCACCAAAGCACGGGGACAGUCGAGGUGGCACGGCACCCUCAGGUGAGCUGUCACCUCCCAGCCAUGCUCUUGUCCCCAAAAGCUGCUCGGGGCUGAGCAUCGCCGCCCGCCGUGGCUCUGGUGGGACGGGGCGGCGGGGUGGCGAAGGGCUCCCCAUCCCUAGCAGAGCCCGGUCUGGUUCCCGUGGCUCUCCCGCGUGCAUUUCAUUGUCAGCUUGAGGUUGUCGUUGUGCAAAAAGAAGUGAUGAUGAAAAAUGAGUUAAAAAAGAAAAAAAAAAAAAAAAAAGAAAAAAACUUGGUAUGAAACCAUGUGUGUCCAUCUCUCCAUAAAUAGAUUGUUUGAGUUCUAAGGCUCCUGUUUGUAUUGUGAGAAUACCAAUAAAAUGCAUUGAAUUGACCUAAAGAUUUAACAAAGCAGAAUUUAAGCCUCUGUAUGUUAAGUAAGUACUUUGCACCCAAUAUAAAAGAUGCAGAAACCCAUCGUUUAUCACUAUUCUCAGAGGAAAAAAAUAAAAAAUAAAACGCUUGAAUGGAGGCACCACUACCAAGCCUUGUGGUUCGAAAGGCGAGGGCAUGCAACGUCUUUACAGAGGAGGAUCAAAAAAAGAUAUAAGACAAUUGCAAAUACAAUAAAUCCAGUUCUGGAAAA